ACAACUGGCGAUCUCAGUCUAGCAGUGAGAGACGUUUUUGUCAACAAAAGUGCAUUUUCGGUCUGGUUAUUAAGAAGAAGUUCACCAAUGGCGGGGCCCUCGGUGAUAAAUCCUUUAAAAUAUAUAGUGAAUCGACAAUACGACAGCAGUUUAGUGAUAAAAAAUAGGAUUUUUAAGGAACGAUUGGCGAAAGCAAAGAAUUUUUACCGGAAAGAUCUGUUUGCUCAUUAUGGGUGUGUGAAUGCCAUCGAAUUUUCCGCUGAGGGUGAACUAUUGGCCUCAGGUGGUGAUGACAGAAGAGUCCUAUUGUGGAACCUCUCUGAGGCGGUGUUUGACAGAGGACUUUCUCUAGCAGGAUCCCACAUGAAAGUCGAAUCUAGAGACUCCGGCCUAAAGCCCAAAACCGUGCCUAAUUCCAUGAAAAAAACUCAUAAUAGCAACAUAUUUUGUUUGGCUUUCGACUCGAAAAACGAAAGGAUAUUUUCCGGAGGAAACGAUGAUCAAGUCAUCGUUCAUGAAAUAUUUACAGGAAACCCCUUAGUGGCAUUGCCUCAUAGGAAGCCCGUUUAUGGUUUGAGUAUAAACCCUCAAAACGAUGAAAUUAUUGCCACGGCAGGUGACGAUGGGAGAUUAUUAUUAUACGAUAUAAGAGAAACCACUGGCCAAGAAGCCCAAGUACUUGCCAGACAAAAGACUGGAUUUCAUUCUGUGAUGUUCAACCCUGUUAAUCCAAGGUUUGUUGUGUCAGCCAAUUCGGAAGAGGGUAUAGCCUUGUGGGACUGUAGAAAACCUAAAGAAGAACUGUUACAUUACGACUCAAUAUUUGGAAAAACUCCUGGGAUAAGCGCAUGCUUCGACUCCAAAGGCAAACGGGUACUAGGAAUUAGAAGGCGUUUACCCCCAGUACUUUAUAAUACUGAAUGUGAACAGUCCAUAUGCCAGUUUUAUCAUCCGCAGUACUAUAACAGCUGCACCAUGAAAACUUGCUCGUUUGCUGGCGAAAAUGACGAGUAUAUCUUGAGUGGCUCAGAUGAUUUUAACCUUUAUAUGUGGAAGAUACCCGAGGAUGAAGACGAGUGGGGAGCAUCACAUGUGGUUCUAAAAGGUCAUCGAUCAAUAGUAAAUCAAGUGAGGUACAAUAAACACAAUAAUUUGAUCGCUUCAUCUGGUGUUGAAAAAAUGAUCAAACUGUGGAGCACGAUUCCUAUAGGAACAUGGACGGGAUCUUUGUUGAAAGAAUAUUCGGAUCCAGCGAGGAUAGUUUAUACGCACAGGGAAUAUUUGGAUUUGGUUGGGACCACUGGAGAGCGAAUUUCACACGACUACAGCGACCAAUCGACCUUAGAAGACUCGAGAAUGAUGGCAUUUUUCGACUCCCUAAUUCAAAGAGAAAUCGAAGGCUGGGCCAGUUCGGACGAAAUCCUAACCACCACCGACAGCGACUCGGAUUUAGAACACGAUUAUUCCAAACUGCUACAUCGUAUAUUCAGGAGUCGUAGCAAAUCGGUCGAAGAGCCGAGAAAAAACAAAUACAAUAAAAUAGCUCAGCUAAUAUCGAAGAAAAGACUGAGAUUAGCCCGCAUGGCUUAUAAAAAAGCUCCUAGCUCGGUACACAAGUCUUUACAGAAAGAAAAGAGACGCAAAAAGGAGAAAAAGGCACUGAAACGGUCUAAGGAGAGAUUUAACGGUAAAAGGCAUAAAAGAAAUCAUGAGACGAGAAGGAGCAAAUACUUUGGCGAGAGGAACACAAGGUCUUUACGUUACCGCACAAGGCAAUGCUUGAUUCAAGCAUGCGAAAAUGCUGGGAUAGCCAUGCUGCUGGAUGUGCCCAGUACUAGUACCGGAAUAACCACUACUAGCUCAAGACCAACAGUUUACAGGGUUAUAGAUCAAGAUUCAGAAGACGAAGCCGUAAGUUUGGUCAGAAAUGGACUGGACAGCGAUUCAUCCGAUAAUGAAAAUGGUAAUUUAGUGAAUAUCCUUCCUACACCACUGAACGGGACCCACGAGAAUGUUAUAAAUAAUUUAGAAGUUCCUAAUGCCAGUAGAGAGGUGAUAGCAGCGCCUAGCAGAGAAGUUUUAAGUAGUAGCUCAAAUGGGGUUGUGAGGAAUAGUGAACAGGAAUUUAAUAAUGGUGCAUCUACUAGCAGAGGGACGACCACCGCUGUCCUGCCUAAAAAACGAAGAGCCCUAAAACGUGAAUACUUCCUAAAAUCGCGCCCCGCUUCCUGCAGUGACUCGGACGAAGACGAAGGGUCCCAAAAUGGCCACGUGAGCUGCACCACGUCGACCGAUUCCGAAAACGAGUUUGACCACGGCACUCCGCCCCCCAAUAAAAAACGCAGUCUAAGCUACUCGGACAGCGGGUGCGGCACAGGCCCCAGUAGCACGAAAUCCAGCAGAUUUAUGAAUAAGUACGUUAGGUUUAAUAGGACGCAGGAAGAGGAGGAGGGAGAAGAAGAGGAGGACGGAGGUCAAAGCAGCGAAGAGGACGAGCGCAGAGAGGAGUUUAGGAAACGAGUGCGCAAAGCUCGCGUGAACUUACGAAGACGCACGUACGCGGAUUCAGAUUCGAACUGAUUUGACGUGUGCUGGGAUUAGUGGAAACAAACUUCAUUUAAAUUGACUGAAACACGUUGUUAGUGUAGUGUACAUAUUUGAUGUUGACAGUGAGUGAAAAAAAGAGAAAUAGAGAGAGCGGACCCUGUUGCGACUUUUUUAACUUGUGCAAUAUAUUGAGUUUUUUUAAAACAGUUUUGAUUUUUGCAAUUCAAUGAAUAUUUGUAUGUGUUUUAGCAAUAAGCAACUGUUUGCAGUAUCUUGAAUUUGUUAUUUCUUUAUAAAUGAGGUAGGUUUUGUAACCAGUUGCUUGAUGCUUGUGUUUAUCAUUGUGAUUUUCUGAAAAAUGUAAUUUGUCAUUCUGGAAUUUAUUUGAAACAUUAUGGUGGCAAAACUAGGGUCUUACCUUUAGUAUUUAAUUUAUACCUAAUUGAUUUAUUUAAAAUUAAAGAUAAUUUGUUUA